AUGGGAAGUCUUAAGGACGAGAUGAGAGGUCUCAGAGAGGACCACCAGCCUCAUGAGAAGACGAAUGAUGGAGAGCAUCCAGGCGGCUCAGAUGGUGGCACUGAGCGUGAGGGACCUCAGAUAAACACGAGUCAAGAGUCAACAACUCAAGGAGACAAUCAGCCAAAACUCCACAUGAAUGCCAGCAACACUGAGGAGGGAGGCAAGAAUCCAAUAUCCAAAGAUCAAGUGCUUUCAGGAGGUGAUAGCAACAACACUGACUCUGUGCGAGUUAAAGGCUGUACGCAGACUGACGCCAUCCCAGAGAAGACAACAACAGAUACACAUAACAACAUGGCAAUCUCUGAAAAGUCUCUAAAUGAUGGAGAUGGAGAUGAUGAAAUUCAGAGGGAAGAGGCUAAGGAUAGAAGCAUGUGCCAAGACAGAGAAAAAGAGGCAGAAAUUGAGAGUAUCUUGGUGUCUGUGCCAUCAACUUCAGACCCCUCCAACCCACGUUCCCCCGACCUACGUUCCGCUGACCCACGUUCUCCCGACCCACGUUCCCCAGCUCCUUUCGGGCAGCACCAUAUGCGUACACAGGUCAGCCUGGAGGUGGUCCAGUGUCACUCUGCAGCCACCAGCCCCAUGACUCCUCCCGAGGGUAGCCAUUCCUUCUUCUUCCCAAGCUCUUUUGGGAGAGCUGGAACUGUGGGGACUGACACUAAAGACGCUGAGCUACAGGUGGGUCAGCAGGUGGAGUUCUGCUCCGUCGCCACCUCCCCCAUGACCCCAAAGACGCCAUCGACCACUGCUUUCCCAGAGCUUAUCGGGAGGGAGACGUUGCAGAAGGUGGAGAAAGUGAAAAACAGUGAGGAGCAGAGACAAAGUGGCCAACAAGAGAGUUUUCCUGAGACAAAAAGUCCGGCAGAGGCUGAGUCAACAGGAGCUUUGAAACUUAACACAUCAAAGGACCUGAGAGAAGGCGUCAGCUCAAAUGCAUCUCCAGAGAGCUCUGUCAGCUGCCCAGGUGCUGAGUUAAUAGAGUCACAAGUAACUCUGGAGGAUAGUAAUCAGCUGUGUAAGCAGCAGAGGAUGGGAAGUAUGGAUCAGGACAUUACAAUCCUGGUGACCCACUAUGGCAACAAUGAGGAGGAAGAGACAGCUGAGUUAUCUUUUCAUACUAUUGAGCCUGAGAUGGUCAAGAUAGAUGAAUAUGAGGAGCUCUGUGAUGCAAAGGGGGAGGAUGGAAAUGAAAAGAUCUCUACUGAACCUGCUGCUCCUGAUCAGGCACAGGACACCUCCAACACAAAUCCUCCACAAAACAAAACUGAAGAGCCAUCUGUUCCUGUUGGCAAACAACCAAAAGCUGAUAUAAAACCUGAUGUUUCAGAGGUCAGGGAAAGCAAAGACACAUGUGAAGACUUGAAAGAUAUUUCCCUGACAAAACAUCCUGUCCCUGAAUCUCCAGCUCCCUUCGGCUGCCACAACAUCCGCACACAGGUGAGCCUGGAGGUGGUGCAGUGUCAGUCUGCAGCGACCAGCCCUAUGACCCCUCCUGAGGGGGACCAUGCCUUCAACUUCCCAAGCUCCUUUGGGAAAUGUGCGACUGUGGGCACAGAGACCAAAGACGCUGAGCUGCAGGUGGGUCAGCAGGUGGAGUUUCGUUCUGUCGCUACAGCACCCAUGACCCCGAGAACACCCACAACUACGACUUUUCCUGAGAUCAGGAAGGAAGCUAGCAUUGAGGAGAAGAUAAAAGGUGAGGAGAAAUGUGAAGAGCCAGUGCAGGAGGUGAGCUGGGACGAGAAAGGGAUGACGUGGGAGGUGUAUGGGGCGGUGGUGGAAGUGGCCGUGCUGGGCUCAGCCAUCCAGAAACACCUGGAGAAACAGGUGAAGAAGCAGAAGAGGCAGCCCUCCAUGCCUCCCCCUCCUCCCCUCAACCCUUCGGCCACUCCCCUCGCCUCAGAGUCCACCCAUGGGGGUUCGGGGUCUGGUAAAGGCCGGGCCGGAAAGAGAGGGGAACGAGAUGGGAAGGUGAGCCGACGCAGGAGAAAUCCCUUCCGUCUGCUGAUGGAGAACAUGCAGCAGCCUCACUGUUGCUCCAGAGCUCACACCACAGAGUGA